CCGAAAAUGCAUAUAUGUGAAAUUUUACAGUGAAACAAAUUGAAUUUUUGUCAUGAAAGAAAUUGAAAUGUCGUGUGAAAGUCAUUUGGAAUAUUUCAGAGAAUCCUUUAUCAAGGAUGAGGAGUGGGCUGUGAAAUUGCUGGAUUCGUGGCAGAAAUUCUCAUCAAAACCUUUGAUUUCAAACCUCCUUAAUUUCGGACCAUUCACAGACUGUUUAAAUUUUCAACAAAAUUUAAACUCAUCCGAAAUUCAAGGACAGCACUGUCUCAUCUCCUAUUCAUCCAUAUUAUCUCAUAAUUUUGAUGAUACAUCGAAUGAAUACGAAAUUGAUUCGAUAAUAGAGAAAGAGACAUUUGUACUCAAAAAUGGGAUUUGUCUUCCAUCUUCAUGCUCGAUGAGUGAAAUUGAAAAUUUCUUGAGAAAUCAUCUCAAAGAGACAGAUAUCAUUGUGCUGAAUUCUUAUUGUCAGACAAAGGAAAAGCUUUCUAUAAAUGUACUAGACAUUUUUGUUCUAUUCACAUUUAUUGCUCUUAUACUAAUCACAUCCAUUUGUACAUACUUUGAUUUGAAGUAUCGAGGAAAGAAGUUCAACAACAAAUUCCUCAAAGCAUUUUCUGCUUAUGAAAAUUUCAAGUGCCUUUCAAAAUAUGCCAUUAAUGAACGAUCUAUUGAAUGUGUAAAUGGACUGAAAGUAUUGUCAGCAAUAUGGAUAAUAAUUGGGCAUCGUAUGGAUAUGAUAAGUGAAAAUUCUAAUGUAAUACGAGAAUUUAUGUCCUCAGAGGAAAGAUUGAUUCUGAGAAUUUCUGAAAUGUUUACUUCUGUUGUGGACACAUUCUUUCUCAUAUCUGGAUUGCUGGUUGCUGUAAAAUGUUUGAGGCUGUUUAAAGAACACAACUUCUCAUUUAUCAAGCACUGCACAGCUCGAUUCCUAAGAUUUUUCCCAGUACUAGCCAUAAUCAUUGCAUUUUUUAUGAGCACGUGGCCGAAAAAGCUUGCAAAUGGUCCACAAACAAUAGAAUUUAAAGAAGAGCUUGAAGAUUGUAAGAAGAACUGGCUAAGAAGUUUACUGCUUGUGGGAAAUUUUAAUAGCAAUUUUUGUCUUAGACAUACAUGGUACACAUCAACUGACUUCCAACUUUUCAUCAUAUCUCCUGCAAUUGUUUAUGGGUUAUUCAAAUUUAAAAGGAAGUUUUUAAAGAUUAUUGCUUUUAUUAUCGUCGUGGGACAAAUUAACAUUUUUGUUCAUAAGCUCAGUGAUAUUCACGAAGAAUUUUAUUAUGAAGCGUACUAUCGAUUCAUGCCUUGGUUUAUUGGAAUCAUGCUUGGAUACAAUUUGGAAAGUAAACAGGAUGCUAAAGGAAUUGAUCAGAACUUAAAAGCACUUGGAUGGACAGCUUCUAUUAUUUCAUUAACUUUAAUAGAAUUCAUACGAUUUCAAGAGAAAUCUAAAUUUUCCGAGGCACUUUAUGAGGCAACACAUCGCAUUAUCUGGUCUAAUGCCUUUGCAUGGAUUAUUUACGCCUGCCAUCAUAACAAAUCUAGCGGAUUUUUAAUGAAUUUUUUAUCACAUCGCAUUUGGAAUUCUCUUGCUAGAAUGUGCUUGAGCAUUUAUCUUGUACAUUAUCUUGUUGUGAUGCUGUCAUUUGUCAACAUGAAAAAUCCAUAUCAAUUUGACGUUUUAUGGUUAUUGAAAAUUUUAUUGCUCGAUAUUUUUAUGUCCUUGAUAAUUUCAUUCAUAUUUUAUAUGCUCGUCGAGGCGCCAAUGUGCAGAAUUGUGAAGACUUUUGAGAGAAAAAAUUAUUAUGUUUUAGUAGAAAACCGUUAAAUAUGUUGAAUCACGCGAUUGUGAAAAUCACCGUUGUAGAUUUUUUUGAAUAUUUUACUAUGGCU